CCAUGCAUCCUGAUAUUUGAUUCGCUGAAGGGCGACAACAGAUACGACGUGGUCAACAUACUCAGGCAGUACUUGCAAGUGGAGUGGAACCUCAAAAAGAGAGAUGUUGAAGGAGAGAGAGUAUUUGAUAGGAUCUCAAUGAAGGGUUCCAUGGUUAACUGUCCCCAGCAGCCAAACUCCUCCGAUUGUGGAAUUUACGUCCUUCAAUAUGUUGAAUCAUUCUUUCUGAAUCCCAUAUCGGACUUCACACUUCCUCUGGUUCUUCCAAACUGGUUCACCAGCAAGCAGGCCAUGUCGAAGAGAUUGAGUCUGAGCAAGUUGGUCAUGAAGCUC